GAAUGUCCCCGUCAGCCCUUCGUCCGGCUCACGUCGCGGCGGAACGGUCCGCGACAGUGCUCGGCUAGAGAGGACUCAGGGGGGAUGAUACGCGAUCACUAGCUACUAUUUCGAUGCGCGUGUAUUCCGUCGCGUGUGCACUCCCACGCCGCGAACAACGGUUUUUCUCUCUCUUUCUAUCUCUCUCUCUCUCUCUCUUUCUCUCUCGUGUGGGAUCGCCGUCGCGACUAAAAUUGCGAUAGAUGCGUGCGUGCGUGUGGACGCACGAUUUCGAAUUCGACGGCUAUUUCGUCCGGAAUACAGUCUCCGGAGCAUGGAGUUGGCCCGAUCUCAUUCGCGUUUCUCUCUAGGCCGCUCUCAGACCGUAGGCGAGUUCGCCCGAGUGAUUAGAUAGUUGAACUUGAGCCAAUCUCCGUAAUUAUAUGUCUAUUUUUAUUAAGAUCGACCGAUGAUUUUUACUCAGGGCAAGUUUCGUUUAGAACCGCGAGUGCUUCAGAGCGACGAGUAGACCGAUAAAAUUGGUUGAUUUGACGCUUCAAAGUGACGUUUACAGUGUCAAACAAAUUUGCCUUCAGUUUCAUACAUUUGAAGUUGGCCAUGACAAUUGAAUGAAAAACAAGGAUAAUGGACGGCACACGUGCGGCAGAGGUAUUGCCAUUGCUGCAAGAACGUCUGGCAAUACUACCAGGUGGACGAGAUCGUAGAGGAGGCCCUGUGCUACUGUUUCCCAGCACACCGAGACGCGAACGCGCGAAACCUGAGGAUUACAGACGUCUCUUGCAGUAUCUGUUUGCUAUUCCGAGCGAUGAAGCCAGAGGCCUACGCUUUACUGUCAUUGUGGAUAUGCGUGGUACCACGUGGGACUCUGUCAAACCUAUCUUGAAGGUGUUGCAUGAGCACUUUCAUCGUACAGUUCAUGUUGCCUUUCUAAUCAAACCAGAAAACUUUUGGCAAAAACAGAGGACCUCAUUGGCUAAGCAGAAGAAAUAUAAUUUUGAGAUCAACACAAUCAGUUUAGAAGCUCUUGUAAAAGUUAUAGACCCUUCUCAGCUCACUGCAGACUUGGAUGGAUCUUUACAGUAUGAUCAUGCUCAAUGGAUUGACACAAGAUUAGUUGUAGAAGAUUUUACAUGGCAAGCAGCAGAUCUUCUCGAUCGAUUAGACGAUCUGCAGGAGGACCUUAGUCGGAAUGACUUCGCUGACGAUGUCGCGGGAGCUAAACAUGGCAUUGAUCUGCAUAAUGAAAUGAAGAAGAAAAUCAUGAAGGUUCCAGUGGAGGAUAUCCAAGUUGUUGGUCAACGUCUGCUUCAGCGAUUCAAUAGUAAUGCAACAACGACCAGCGGAGAGGGAGGAAGUAUUGACAACGGUGCGGCGAGUUGUACGGAUCCCGACGGACGAGCGCUAGCCACGCUCGUUAUUCAGCACUUGGACUCAGUGCAUGCCGCGCAACAGCAUCUUUUACAAUUGUGGCAUAUCAAAAAGAUGAAGUUGGACCAGUGUUUUCAACUACGGCUGUUCGAGCAGGAUUGCGAGAAGAUGUUCGACUGGAUCUGUCACAAUCGGGAGGUGUUUCUCGCAAGUUACGUGGAGAUUGGUCGUUCGUACCAACUGGCCAAGAAUCUGCAGGAAGAGCAUAAACAUUUCACGAUGAGCUCGAUGAAUGUUUACGUGAAUAUAAAUAAAAUUCUCACGAUGGCCGGCCGAUUACUAGAGACGCAACAUUACGCAGCCGGACACGUAAGGGCGGUGGCAGGCCGUCUGGAUCGAGCUUGGAAGGAAUUCGCCGCGGGUCUCGAUGAGCGCACCGCGGUACUUAGUUUAAGUGUAGUGUUUCAUCAUAAAGCGGAACAGUACGUCGACAAUGUGACCGGUUGGAGUCAGGCAUGCGACACCAGCAAUCUGCCCAGUGAAAUUCCAGUGCUUGAGUCUCACAUCCGACAGCAUCAAACCCUUUACGAAGCGAUGUGUCAGGCAUACACGGAGGUUUACAAUGCAUAUCAAGCAUUAUUGAGUGGCCUAGGUUCAAUGCUGCAAGUAUGUCAUAAUGUGAGCGCCCAUGCCUCAGGGUCGGAUACAUUUCGCGUCGAUUAUAGUCAAGAUGGACACAACAUUGACACACACAGCGGUACAAGCGGUAAUCCGGCAGCUGAUUACAGCGAAGGCGCAUCUCACGUUUUAGCUGUUAUCCAUCAGAUUCUUGGUCAUCAUAGGGCAUUAGAAGCUCGUUGGCAUGCCCGAAAAGUCAAGCUACAUCAACGACUUGCGUUGAGAUUGUUCCAAGAAGAUGUGAAGCAGGUUCUCGAUUGGCUGACGAACCACGGCGAGGUUUUUAUCAGGAAAAAUACAGGCGUUGGUCGUAACUUGCAGAAAGCGCGGGUUUAUCAGAAAAGCCACGAACAUUUUGAAAACGUUGCUCAGAAUACUUACACAAACGCAACGAAGCUUCUAACCGCUGCCGAGGAGCUCGCUCACACGGGAGAAUGUGCUCCCGAUGAAAUAUACGCGGUGGCGCAAGAAUUAGAAGCUCACGUUAGUAGUUUCGCAGCAAGGGUCGAGCAGCGACGUCGCAGAUUAGAUCUGGCAGUGGUGUUUUACACUCACGAGAAGGAGCUCACUGGAUGGGUAGAUGAAUUACGUCAAGAAAUGCAACAAGACGAAGUCGCAGAAAAUCUAGAGACAGCGGAAAGACUGCUGGAACAAUGUGCGCAGCACAGGUCAUCUUGUCUGGAGGCGUGCGCUUCGACAAUAGCUCAGGGCGAAGCUUUACUGCAGGAGCUUCGCGAGGCAACCGACGCUCCUGAUACUACUGGCUCAAUAUCGGCAAUAGAAACAGCCUUGGACCGAUUAGCGGGUUUGAGACAGGAAUUGGAAGACCUAUGGGCCACCAGAAAGCUGAGACUAGAACUGUGUCUGCGAUUGCGCGUCUUCGAACGAGACGCACUGGAGGCGAGUGGUCAACUGGAAAUGUGGGCGCAGGAGUUGCAAGGUCCACCGCGAGAAGGAUCGCCCGAGCAGCUGCUGCGCGUACAUAACGACGGAGUCGCUCAUAUGCAGAAUACGGCGUUUCAAGUUCUACAUCGCGGUCAGGAAUUAGCACAGGUGUUGGAGGAAGCAGGAGUGUGUAUUAUGGCGGACGGUCAACAUAGUGCUGCGGCGCGGGUACAGGUGCUGCUCGAGUUUUUGAAUGAGAGAGAAUUGGAUGCGGAGGACCUCGCAGAGAUGCGAAGAGUACGAUUGGAGCAGGCUUCCCAAUUAGUACAAUUGCAGACGGACGCUUCUCACGUGGCCAAGUGGAUACGGAACGGAGAAUCGAUGUUGUUAGCCUCGUUGAGGGUGCCGGAGAAUCUUCAAGACGCCGAGCAGCUACGAUUGGAGCACGAUCAGUUUCAAGUAGCGAUAGAAAAGACUCACACUUCCGCCGUGCAAGUCAAGCACAGAGCGGAUGCUCUGGUGAGUGCGAAUCAUUACGAUCCGAAGAGUAUCAGGGAGGUUGCGGAGGAUGUUACUAAACGGUGGCAGCAACUAGUAACUUGUGCGGAGGAACGGCAUAAAUUAGUUACCGCCAGUAUAAAUUUUUACAAAACGGCGGAGCAGGUGCGCUCGGUACUCGAUAGUUUGGAGCGCGAGUACAAGAGGGAUGAAGAUUGGUGUGCCGCCGGUGAAAAGGGUGCCCAAGUGCCGACAUUACUUGGCAAGCAUCAAGAGCAGAAGGAAGCUUUUCUGAAGGCGUGCACAUUGGUACGGCGAACCGCGGAGACGUUCUUAAAGUACACUAAUCGUAGUCUGCAAUUUUAUAGCUAUCAGGCUAACAGCGCCGGUUCCGAGAAUAAAGUCAAAAAUAUUUUGGAAGAGUUGCUCAGCAAGGAAAACAAAGUGCUCGAAUAUUGGACUCAGCGUAAGAAGCGCUUGGAUCAUUGUCAACAGUAUGUUUUGUUCGAACGGAGCGCGAAACAAGCUCUCGAGUGGAUAAGAGAGACCGGGGAGUUGUACCUCGCCACGCACACCAACGUCGGCAAGAAUCGCAUUGAGAACGAACAGUUAUUGCAAGAGCACAACGAGUUCAAGGGUGCUGCGAGGGAAACUAGGGAGAAAGUGAAAUUGAUCAUCCAGCUGGCUGACAACUUGGUCGACAAAGGUCAUGCUCAUUCCGCGGCGAUUAAGCAGUUCGUUGCCGAGGUGGAUCAACGAUAUAAAGACUUUAGUGCGCGAAUGGACUGCUACAAGACGCAAAUUGAAGGUGAUUUGGGUAUCCAAUCCGAUGAGGGGCAUAAGGAUCUCUCUAUCGACCGGAAUUCCGACCCGUUAUUAGAAGAGAAAAUCAAGGGUAAAGAUCUGAAAGAAUUGAACGAGGAGAAAAGAAGAUCUGCACGCAGGAAGGAGUUUAUUAUGGCUGAACUCUUGCAAACCGAACGUACUUACGUGAAAGAUCUGGAAACAUGUAUUCGUUGUUUCCUGGACGAAACGCGAUGCGGUAAGGGGAAUGUUCCGCCCGGUCUGCAAAGUCGGGAAUCGAUCAUCUUUAGUAACAUAGAAGAGAUACAUCAGUUUCAUAGCAAUGUGUUUCUACGCGAGUUGGAAAAAUACGAGACAAUGCCAGAAGACGUGGGACAUUGUUUCGUAACGUGGGCACCUAAAUUUGACAUGUACGUAACUUAUUGUAAAAAUAAGCCCGAGAGUAAUCAACUGUUAGUGACACACGGUGGAAUGUGGUUUGAAGAAUUGCAGAGAAAGCAUAGAGUAGAACAUCCGAUCGCUGCCUAUCUAAUCAAACCUGUACAAAGAAUUACUAAAUAUCAGCUGCUACUUAAGGACUUACAGGCUUGUUGCCAAGAAGGACAGGGCGAGAUAAAAGACGGAUUAGAGGUGAUGCUAAAUGUGCCUAAAAAAGCUAACGAUGCCUUACACUUAAGUCUACUGGAAGGUUGCGACGUUAGGAUAGAUACACUUGGCGACGUUGUACUGCAAGAUUCUUUUACAGUAUGGGACCCAAAACAGCUGAUCAGGAAAGGGAGAGAUCGUCACAUAUUUCUUUUCGAAUUAUACCUUCUCUUCAGUAAGGAAGUGAAGGAUUCGGCCGGAAAGGUGAAAUAUAUUUAUAAAAAUCGCCUCAUGACUUCCGAAUUGGGUGUAACUGAGCAUAUCGAAGGCGACGAAUGCAAAUUUGCGGUGUGGACGGGACGAGCGCCGACCAGUGACACUCGCGUAGUGCUGCGAGCAAAUUCAAUGGACGCGAAACAGUUAUGGGUGAAGAGGUUACGCGAGGUGAUACAGGAAACCUACUUCAGCCUGAGUAUGCCGAAGAGUCCAGCCAAGAAGAGUUCAAGCCAACGCUCGAGCAGAGACUUGGAGGAAUGCGCGUCCUUGGACGACAGUGUGGAGAAUCUCGAUAGAAAUUCAUUAGCUUCCUUCGGCUCGACUAACACCACCGAUUCUGACAAGACCGGAGUGGUCGAAAUGACGUGGGUCGUCGCCGAUCAUUUGGCAGCGCCUGGUUCGAAGGAGCUCAGCGUGACGAAGGGCCAGCAGGUCGAAGUGUUGGAGAACGGCAGUACUAAUACAGCUAGCGUCUCCACCGGCGAAUGGACCUUGGUGCGUUUGCCGCUCACGCCCGGACAGGCCGAGCCUCCCGCGGAGGGUCUGGUGCCCACCAGCGCGUUGAAGCAACCACCGACCGCCUCUUGCAAAACUUCACCGUCCAGAAAAGCGUCCACGCAGCAACAGCAGCAGCAGCAGCAACAGCAGCAACAGCAACACCAUCAUCAUCAAUCACAUCAUCAUUCGUACCAUCAUCAGCAGAUUAAUCAGGCGAUCGUCCAAGCACAGCAGCAAACUGCCGUUACAUCGUCAACCACUGUCAAUGCGUUACAGCCGACGAGCACCGCAACCAUCUCUGUCGCAGCGCCGGUUACGCAGACAACCUCGUUAACCGCGCUGUCGUCUGCGGUGUUAGCGCCGAUGUUGUCAGAGGACGCGGAAGCAGCCGGAAGCGGCGACGGUAACGGAUCGGCCAGUACAAAUUCACCCGGCAAUAAGAGGCGAGGUUUCAGCGGACGGAAGUGGCUCCCACCGCCUUUACGUAAACUUAGCCAAGGUAAAGUUGAGAAAACCAAUACGACCGUGCCGACGUCAUCAUCUCCUUUGAUUGGGCCGUCUUUGAAGAAAAGUAGCUCGGACAAACGCUUUAAAUUACCGAGUGGCGUUGAGCACAAUCGGCCCGGCAAGGCCGCGUACGAAACCGAGGUCCACGAAGGCGAGGAGGUUGAUAAGGAGGAAGAGGGCGAAGAACAGCAAGAGGUCGAGGUGGACGUAGACGUGGAUGUGACAGAGAGCGAGGACACAGUGGCGGUCGGCUUACAGGAGCAAAAUGGCGGCGAGGACGCUGACGAUGACCUGGAACUACCACCGCCGAUGAAGCCUAUAACAGAGUCGAUACUCGUAACCACCGCUAACGGCCCAUCCGGGUCUACGAUACCGAACGAACUAUCUGGAAAACGAACCGCCGAACGUUCCACGAAGAUUCUUGAUGGCGCCGCCACGGCUGAUCUCUCGGAAAUCGAGCAGAUUGUCAAGGAAAGGAUGGAGCAACACACGGAAAAUCAGGAGAGGCAUAGUCUCAUGCGAACCCCCAACGGAAAAUCGUUGAGCAGCGAAGAAGACUAUUGCAACGCAACUAAUCCGGCCGUUCUCGAGGAAUCAGAUCCGGAGAGUACCGUGAUCGCCAAGCGGCAAUUCGUUAUCCGCGAACUGGUUGACACCGAGAGAGAUUAUGUCAAUGAUUUGAAGCAGAUAGUCGAAGGUUACAUGGCACUAGUGCGAAAUCCCGACAGUGAGAUCCCCUUGCCUGAGGAUCUGCGCGGUGGAAAAGAUAAGAUGGUUUUCGGUAACAUAGAAGCUAUCUACGAGUGGCAUAGAGACUUUUUCCUUAAAGCUUUGGAGCGUUGCUUGGAACGUCCUGAAGAACUCGGACCUCUCUUUAAACGUUAUGAGCGAAAGUUACACAUGUACGUGGUUUAUUGUCAAAAUAAGCCCGUUUCGGAAUACAUUGUGUCCGAAUAUAUAGAUACUUACUUCGAGGAACUUAGGCAAAAACUCGGACAUCGUCUACAACUCUGCGACUUGCUGAUCAAGCCUGUACAAAGGAUUACAAAAUAUCAACUUCUUCUACGGGAGGCACUGCGCCUCACUGAACGAACUCAAAGGUUAUCGGAAAUCGAAGGCCUCAGAGCAGCGGCUCAUGUCAUGCGAGUUAUUCCUAAAGCUGCAAACGAUAUGAUGGACGUUGGCAGAUUACAAGGUUUUGACGGUAAAAUAACGGCGCAAGGAAAACUGUUGCUGCACGGCCCGCUUCUAAUAUCGGAAAUAUCGAAUGUCUCGACGAGAGGAAGAGAAUGGCAAGUGUUUCUUUUCGAACAAAAUAUUAUCUUCAGUGAAGCUGUUGGCAAGAAGACUCAGUUCACCAAUCCUGCCUACAUAUAUAAAGCACAUAUACAGGUAAACAAGAUGAGUCUAGAAGAUUCAAACGAUGACCCGGAAAAAUUUGUCAUUCGAUCGACGGAUCCUCGGAAGCCGGGACUAGGAUUUUCUUGUAGCGUAGCUGAAGAAAGUGGACCGCGCAGGCAGGAAUGGGUAGACACGAUCACUGCCAUCCUGCAAACACAGCGCGAUUUCCUGAAGGCGAUACAGUCACCGAUUGCCUACCAGAAGGAACUUACCAAAGAUCCACUCCGUGCCACUACGUCUGAACCUGCAAGGGCAAGCGUAUCGGUUCCUCCAACGCUGACAGUUCCUGGGUCGACGAACAAAGACAAGAGUAACGAGCUUAGGACGUCAAGUCAGCCGCAGUUGCAACGCUCUCACACCGGAGGAUUGGAAUGCGUUCAGCCACGUACACCCAGCCCGACCAAAAGUAGACUGAACUUCUUGGAAGGAUUUAAGAAUACUCUACGCACGCGUUCACCGGUGCGCAACAAUUCCAUCCCGGUCGUUCCAGGUGCUCGCGUAAGAUUAGCCGCAGAUUGGGGAAAGUUGCACGCCGGGGAUGAGCUGGUUGUUUCCCACCUUGACGGUCCAGGUCUGGUGGUGUCCCCCGUGAACACCAAGGACGAACUGUGGAUUCCCGCGAGUCUGAUCCCAAACUCGGCGAACAGUAGAGUGUGGUCGUUCCGACCGCGAAAAGUCGAUCUGACGAAGAGUUAUGCCACGACCGAUUCUCGCGAGUCCUCGAGGGCGACGGCGACAAUGACAAUGACGCCUGAGGAGAAAAUGCCGGCUAUCUUGAGCAGUCCAACGUCAAUUCGUGCAGUUGCCGGGGAAGUCAUCAGACUACCCGUCGAGACGCAAAAUGCGGACGGUGCGAUCGUCACUUGGAGGAGAGAAGGUGAGGAUCGGUGCUUAAGGGAGAGCGACCGAUACCAAUUCCAACAGAGCGCGAGCUUCGUGUACUUACAAAUCACCGGCUGCCGGGCUUCGGACUCUGGAAUAUAUCACUGUCACGUCAAGUGCGACACGGGUUUCUGUUCUGCGAAGAUUUCACUUUCCGUCAUAGGUGGCAGGAGCAAUACAAUGGUGCGCGUUUUGGGAUCUUCGCGAGUAGAGAUCGACUGGGAGAAACGGGAGAUUGGUGGCACGUCGUGCAGUAUAGAAUGUAGAACUUUACCCUUGCAGCAAUGGGUGGCAGUGUUGAAACAGGCUAACGAGCCGCCUUCUGUGCUGGACAUGCCACCGGAUGCUUCGUACAGCUUCCGGGUGGUAGGAGACGGCGGGAGAAUGACCUCGCCGUCAAGUGUGGUAACGCUAUCGAGAUUGGACACAGACGGUGGUGCGGAAUGGGAAGCCAAGCAAUUCGUCGGCAGGUACUUAGAGUUGGACGAGCUUGGCAGCGGCAGAUUCGGCACGGUCCGUCGCGCCAAGGACCGCGGUACCGGCCAAGAAGUUGCCCUUAAGCAAACCCCGCGACACAAGCAAUCAAGAUCGCUGACGCGCGCGGAAUAUGAUCUCCUGGCCGCCGCUCAUCACGUCAACAUCGUUCGGGCGUUCGCCCUAUUCGAGAACGCGCCCCGACCAGGCGUGGACACCAUUGUCUUGGAACUGGUCAAAGGUCCAACAUUGUUCGCGUAUUUGAGCGAAAAGACGGAGUACACGGAGGCGACAGCGGCGCGAUAUACCGGCCAGUUGUUGUCAGCGCUGCAUUGGCUGCACUGUCGCGAUAGAGCACACUUGGACGUAAAACCGGAAAACAUUCUUGUCGACCAAGAGGCAGACGUCGUGAAGGUGAUAGAUCUGGGAGAGGCGGUGAGAGCUCCUGUCGACGAGGUUGUACCACCUAGUGAUCUCGAAUUCGCGGCACCAGAAUCGGUGUUGGGUAGACCGACCGGUCCUUACACGGACAUGUGGGCUAUCGGGGUUUUUAUUUACGUUCUGCUAAGUGGAUUAUCACCUUUCUUGGACGACUCCGUAGAGGAAACCACCGCUAAUAUACUCAAAUGUGACUUCUGUUUUCCUGAUGAAUACUUCGAGAUGAUAUCUAGCGACGCAAAAGAGCUUCUCAGGAGAUUAUUGUGUUUGCAUGGUGAGGAUCGAGUAAACGCGGAAGUUUGUCUCGCCUCAACGUGGUUAAAGGUAUCGACUGGCGCUAUCAUACCGUCCACUAGAAUGGCCGCAUUUAUAGAACGUCGUGCGCACUGUCUUAAACUUCGUCAAGAUCAUAAUGACAGUUUUUAUUCUUAGGACUAGAGUAUAUAUAUGCAGUAAGCAUGUUACUUAAAAUACAUGACAAAUUCAUAUGUAAAUAAUGGAAUAUAUACUUGAAUGUCUAACUAUC